UCCCCUGUUCUGACAGAGGAUGAUUUCAGCACAGUGUCCAGUGUGGAUGAGCUGCUCCAGCUGCUGCUCCCCGAGUAUAGUCUGCUGCAGCACUGUCUGAGGAAGAAGUCAUGGCCUUCAUCUUUUUCCUCUGCUGUUCCGCCACUGCAGCCUGAUGACGAUCUGUGGCGUCCAGAACCCGUUUAUAAAUUUGAUGGAACUUUAGGAGUGAUCCUUGAAGAGAUCCAGAAGACUUCCUGCCAGCCCAGAGAAGUGUGUGUUGAGGUUUCCAAAGAAUACCCUGACUCCACGAGCCAGCUCUACCUCCCUCGAUGUGUGGCUCUGCACCGCUGUGGAGGAUGCUGCAACACUGAAGCCUUCUACUGCACAAAUACAAGCCAUUCUCUGGUCAAUAAAACACUAAUGGAGCUUACCCCACCCCGCAUGGAAAGGGCUGUAGUCAUGGUAACCUUUGUCAACCACACUUCAUGCGAGUGCUUAUCCAAGAGGCCUCUGCACAGCAUCAUAAGAAGAGCCACAGACCACCUGUGUUCCCCGCCUGACAUUCCCUGUGCUGCAGGCUCACUGUGGGACCCUGUCAGCUGCAUGUGUGUCUCUAUGGAGACCAUCAACUACUCCCAGCGAGAGACAGAGGUUCUGGACUCUGGCUUGCUGGCUCUGUGUGGGCCUAACAGAGUUUUGGAGGAGUCGACUUGUGAGUGUGUGUGCCGAAACGGCCUCACUGAAGCCAGCUGUGACCUGGGCUGGAAACUGGACCAUGACACCUGUGAAUGUCAGUGUGAGGGUCCGGGAGAGGGGAAGUGGUGCCCCUCUGGACAAAGAUGGGACGAGGAUCUGUGCGGUUGCGUGUGUGAUGCUACAUGCCCCGGUAACCAGCCCCUGAACCCUGACACUUGUCUGUGUCAGUGCAGAGAGAGCCCACAGACCUGUCUACGGCAAGGCAAGAGGUUCAACCCCAACACAUGCAGUUGUUACAGGCUACCAUGCAGGAAGCCCAGACGAGUGUGCCAGGCAGGAUUUUACUACAGCCACCAUGUCUGCCAGUGCAUCCCCAACUACAUGAGGCCAGAGUGGAACUAACACAGCACUGGAGGAUGCUACAGCAAAAGUUCCCGGAAAGUGAUUUACUGAUUAAAACUUACUGGGAUGUUUGAUGCACUUGGCCCUGUGCCCUGUGUAAAUACCACAGUGGUAACUGGAAGCACCCGGUGAUACCUGGGGGCGGUGUAAAAAAGCAUGACAAGGAGGCGGGCUUGUCCAAUCAGAGGAGGCUCUGCGGCGGCGUGUUGGAGCAGGACGCUAAAGCCCCCAUGGCAGCAUGAAACGGAAAGUGGAAUAACAUAAUAACAGAGCUCGCUCCAUACUUUCACCAGACUGCGUUAAAUACGCUCAAGGCGACAGCAAAUGAGAUAUCUGAGAGGACGUAUUCACUACACGCGUAACAUGAUGUCAGUGCAUGUCCUAUGUAGAAAUGAUAGGUGUGUGGCCCAUCCAAGUACAAUACUGUAUUGUACCUAGAUUUUUCUUGUUCCGAAAGAGACUUAAAAAUGUCCCAUAUUUUCAAAGCUUAAUUCUUUGCCAUGACUGUCUGUAGGCCCUAUUGAUGCUUUUUGAGGCCUUCAAUCACCAAUCAAGUAUCAUUACAUUUGGGAAAACCUAGCCUUGUAAUUUAUGUAUUAUGAACUGUAAAUAUUUUAUUUAAAAUUUGUGAUUGUUAAAUGUUGUAUUUAAUGGAAACUGAAAAAUUCCUUUGUAAAUAUUGUUAUUGCCAGUAAUUCGUGGUACAGUUGUUGCAAUUCUAAGGUUAUAGUUAAACAUAAGCAAGCGUACAGAUAAACUUGUUUAGCCUGGCCAGACAAGAUUAUGCUUUUCCCAGUCUGGAUUUAGGCAGGCUAAUAGUUACUCUCAAAAAUAGGGACUUGUGUGCAAAUAAUUUCCCCCAGAUUUAAAAUUGGAUACCUCAGCAUUAAACUUCAGGGUAAAAAUGUGAACAACACUAGUGCUCAAGUACUAUGUAGAGAAAUAAAACCAUUAAACAGCCAAACAUGGAACAUCUACUUUGGUAGUGUAGACACACCUGUGCAGUAUUCCCAUGGUAUCUUGUUUCA